AUGAAAGAUCUUGGUCUUGUUUCCUAUUUUCUUGGUAUUUCAGUUCAAUCUCAUGAUCAUGGUUAUUUCUUGUCCCAAAGCAAGUAUGCUGGUAAGAUUCUUGCUAAAGCUGGUAUGGUUGAAUGUAAACCAUGUGCCACUCCUAUUGCUCUUGAGUCUGUCUCCUCCACUACUGAUUCCCCUCCCUUUGGUAAUCCUUCUCUUUAUCGUAGUAUUAUUGGUGCUCUACAGUACUUGACUAUUACUAGACCAGAAUUGGCCUAUGCUGUUAAUCAAGCCUGUCAGCAUAUGGCUUCUCCUACUACUGCUGAUUUUACUACCGUCAAACGUCUUCUUCGUUAUGUUCAAGGCACUAUUGAUCAUGGUCUUAGUUUCACCCCUGGUUCCUUUAAUUUGCAAGCCUUUUCUGAUUUUGAUUGGGCUGGCGAUUCUAUUGAUCGACGAUCUACUUCGAGUGCCUUGGCCCUAGCCUCAAAUCCUGUGUUUCACGCUCGUUCUAAGCAUAUUGAAAUCGAUUAUCACUAUAUUUGUGAACAGGUUGCUGCUAGAAAGCUUGUUCUUCGUCAUAUUUCUUCUAUGGAUCAAGUUGCUGAUGUGUUUACCAAACCCCUUUCUGUUUCUCGAUUUCUUUAUCUUAAGGACAAGCUCCUGGUUCGUUCCUCACCCAAUCGCUUGUGGGGGAAUGUUGGAGAUAUUAGGCCAAUAACUCACUUACAACUGAAGACUACAUCUGAGUGUGAGUGUGCCAAGAGUUUGAGGAACUGGUCUCUGUGUAUCAGUUGGGAUUGUGAAAUCAGUGUCAUGGUCAGUGUGUACCAGAAGAAGUAUUGUGAAGGGGUGUUGGCGCCUGUAAAAUCCAACCCUGUUGUAAGUUCUGAGAAUAUAGUUGAUACCGAUACAGAAAUUAUUGAUGCUGAGAUAUGUGUAUCAUUUGCUGAGAUACUGUUAUCUAUAGACUACUUUUUUGAGAUAUAUGUAUCUAUUGCUUUGUAUCUGUUUGCAGACUGA